AUGAUAAGAAUUUUAUCAUAAAAACCAUAAAAAAAAAAUAGUAUCGUUCAAAAGUAUACAAGAAAGGAGAUUGAUAAAUUCUAUAAGCUACUCUAUUUGCUACAAGAUCUAGAAAAUGAUUUAAUAAACUUGUCAGAUGAGUUCCUAGUCCCUUAAAAAGGUGCGGCUAUUGAAAUUUGUAAAAAUAAAUCUACUGAUAAAUUUGAUGGGAAAGAAAUAAGUGGAAAAAAAUCUUGUACAUCUAAAAAACCACCUCUUUGUUAAUAAGAAAUUUAAACUUUGGAUGAAGAAACCAAUUAAUUUGAUUUGGACAUUUUAUCUUCAAUUAAGAGAGAUAGAAAGAAGCUUAAAUAGUGA